AAACACUACUUCUCGACCAAGCGGAGCGACGCCGGAAGGCGCCCAACUUGAAGGAGUUCGCACCGCGCCGAGGGGCCGACGGCAAAGGCGGGGAGUCGAGCUCGGCGGGCGAGGAAGAGCAGGAGGGCGAAGAAGAAGGC